AUGUACGACGAUUUCGAGCACCAGUACGCGCACGACGAUCGGAUACACGACGACGGCGUCGGGAGCGACCUCGAGGACGUGUACGACGACGCGUUCUAUCCGUCCAGCGCGUACAAGACGCCAAACGGCGCCAAGAGAGACGGCGACGCGGCGAUCACGGAUCCCGACGCGCGCGCGGACGUGCAACUGGAGGAUUACGACGACGCCGGCGACGGCGCGGAGUUUGGCGGCGGCGGCGACGACGACGGCGCCGUCGGCAUGGAGCAGGUCGCGGGAGGUAUGGAUGGGAUCGAACCGCUUCCGCUGGACGACGACCUCGAGGACGAGAACGGCGUGCGAGGGACGGUGGUGACGGCGGCGGGCGCUGCUGGGGUGACGUUUAAGACGCCGUCGGCGGCGGGGGCGCCGCCGCCGAACGAAAACGACCCGCCGAACACGAACGCGAGCAGCGGCAUCGUCGUGGACUGGGGGAAGACCGCGCAGAAGGGACGACGCCCCACCGACGUGGACGGACUUCCCGGCGCCGCGGUGAAGCCCGCGCCGCAGGCGCGGCCGAGGACCAAGCCGCGCGAGAAGCUCAUCAUCGACGACGUCACGGUGCUGUCGAACGAGCACAUCCGGAACCAGCUCAAGGACACGAGCGACAUCGUUCGCAAGCGCACGCCCGGGGCGCUUCGCUUGCUCGUGGACCCGCGCGACACGGACGUGCCGUUCGACCACCCGGACGACGUCGACGUCGACGGCUUGCCCACGGUGGGCUACUUCAAGGAGGGGUGGACCUGCGUCGUGCCGGAGGAGGCGUCCGUCGCGCACGACAUGAUCCGCGGCGAUUACAUGGACUGGGACCCGGUGAUGAACCACCGGAUGUCGCCGGAGAUGGCGAAGAUUCGCCGCGCGUGCGUCGCGCACCUGUGGAAGCGCGCGGGGGAGAAGUGGGGCGGCGGGUACGCCGCGGGCGACGCGGCGGCGGCAGCGGCGAAGGGGUCCACGGAGCGCGGCGGCGGAGGGUUCGGGUUCGACGACGACGGCGGCGAUUUCGGCGGCGGCGGCGGAGGGUUCGACGACGACGACGAUUUCGCGAUGCCGCCGCGGGACGACGACGACUUUAACGUCGACGAGCGCGGGACGUCGCGGCUGCGCGCCGACGCGGAAAACGCCGCCGACGUCGUCGACCGACUGGGGCCGCUCGGGUCGGAGCCGCCGACGCCGGCCAACGCGCCCAAGGGGGAUAUCGACUGGAGCGUGCACACGAAGCGGAUGCUGAGCGACCUCGCGCCAAGGUUGAAUACACCGCGGGCGAAGCCGGUCAAGGUGAGCGAGAUGCUGAAGGAUGUCGGGACGGAGACGAAGCCGUGCACCAAGUCGGAGGCGGCGCGCGUGUUUUACCAGGUGCUGGUGCUAAAGACGCACGGGUUCGUGGAGUUGGCACAGAGAGAGGACUACGGCGACAUCGACAUCGCCGCGGGGCCGAAGAUGAAGGACGUCGCGAAGGGGAAGACCGCGAAGGCGUGAGCGCGUCGUGCGUGGGGACUAAAUAGACGGCGCGACCCCGCGAGUGAGUAGCUUUCUUUCUGUUUGUGAUGAAACAUAAGGAAACGGCGGCGAAAGAAACGCUUC